AUCCGAGUUUCGACUAUUUAACGGAAUUGCACUAGCAAUUGGUAAUCGAAUGCAAGAAUGCAUUCGAGAAUUAAACCCUUUGAAAAAUGAAGCGGAAUUGGGAUUGGCUGCCACAGUGGCACUAAUACACGCUCAUAAAAAUUGUCACGUAAUAGAUCGAGACGCACUACAGGUACUAGAAACUCGAAUUGGCGACAGAGUUAGUCUGAAAAACUCAAGUAAUGCUCAAUCAUACUACUAUGCAGCUGUUUUUUAUUACUUGAUUGAUGAUUUGAAGACUGCUAUGGAACAUAUCGAAAUUGUUAUGAAAAUGAAAGACAAUACUUACGAUGACGCAUUGAUAUUGAGAAUAUGGUGUCAGCUUUCUUUAAGUUUCGACCAGUCGGCAGCUAAUAGCAAAAUCCAAAACACGCUGGAAAUGUGUAUUGCUCGAAGCAAUGGAAAAAAUAUUGAUGCAUCCUUAGCACUUGUUCGAUAUUAUCAAAACACUCGCAAGUUUAAGGAAGCACUUUCAGUCAUUGAGAAGCUAAGCAUUCGAUUGCCUGAGAUAAAUAUUCUACUUAUUGAGAAAAUGAAUUUGCAUUUAGCAGCCCUGGACUGGGACCAAUCGAUGGAUACUUCAAUGCGCGUCAUUAAUUUAGAGCCUUAUAAUAUUGCUGCUUUACUUACUAAAGGCGUACUGCACAUAAUUCGCGAGAGUAAUAUCAAAGCAGGGGCAACAUCACUGCAGCAACUCCUCGCAUCUGUGGAUCGCAACGAGCCUGGAAAUCACACACUACUUCUGGAAAUAUGCCAACUAUUCUCAAGAAUUUGUUCGCGAAACUUUGAUGUGCUUCAAAUAACUCACUUAUGUGUGGAAAAAAUGAAUCAACAGAAUCCUGCCGAUGUAUUCAUUUUAACUGAAUUAGGAUACCAGGAGUUGCUUUUAAACAAAAUUGUUAAUGCAGAAUUGACAUUCCGCUCGGCUUGCGAUGUUAAUAGUAGAAACUUUGAAGCAUUUUGUGGUCUAACUUUGUGCAAACUGAAGGCACAAAUGAAUGCGGAAAACAGGCAGCAGAUACGUCAGCAAUUGGCAUUUCUUAUGAAGCUCGCCGAAUACAAACCUAACCCUUUGGUUCUGUAUAUGUCUGCUUUACUGGCUGAAACUGAUAAUAUUAAAGAGCAACAAUUGUCACCAGUGCAAAUACUCGAGGAAGCUAUAGAAUUACAUUUCCGAAAACUUGAAUCGUUUUCGUUUGGUAUUGAUUACAUCCGCCACAUGAAUCCGGAAUUUAUGCUAGACUUAUGCAAGACGUUCAUUGGACAGACGCCCCCUCUCUUGCAGAAAGCCUACUUUGAGAUCAACCUAAGUAUGGGGCAGCAGUCAAUGCACAUUACGAUUAAAAACACUCUGAACAUACUGGAAAGCAUACUUCAAAUUUGCCCUGGACACCAAGGAGCGAUGUUUAUGCGUGGAAAUAUUUACUUCAUAUGCGGCGAGUAUUCGAAAGCCGUGUCACAGCUGCGAAGUGUACUUAACGUCGUUGGAGAGAAAUAUACUGAUGCUUAUUUGCUUCUAGCUCAGAUACUAGUAGAGAAAAAACAAUAUACUAAAGCGUUCGAAUAUUUAGAGCUUGCGUUGGUUCAUAAAUUUACAGUGCGCGACAUGCCUAUGUAUCAUCUACUUAAAGGCAUAAUAUAUAAAAAUCAAAAUAAUAUUUUGGAAGCACAUCAGAGCUUUCUGUUAGCGAUGCAGUUAGCUGGUGGCGGGGUAAAAACGGAAAUUCAACCUCUAGAUUAUAGCCUUGAUAAAAGGGCAUUUACGAAAGUGAGCGCAUUUUACAAACUGCACUUGAAGAAUUUAAAGGAUCUGUUGAAAUGGGUCGAUUGGUUAUUGCCCAUUCGAAACUUAAGAUUGAGAAAAGUGAUAUAUCAACGGCAAUAGAUCUGCUUUCCUCAAUUAAGCCAGAUCAAACAUAUUACGUACAGGCUCGGAUACAAUUGGCUAAUAUUUACCUGCAGCAUCAAAAGAAUCGCUGUGGUUUCGCAAAGUGUUUUAAAGACUUAGUCGAAAUUCGUCCUGAACCCCAAAACUUCUUGAUGCUAGGGGAGGCGUGCCUAUCUAUUCAAGAGACUACCACGGCUAUUUGUGCGUACCGAAAUGCAUAUAAGAUGAGUCCAUCAAAUGCUGUAUUGGCUAGAGAAUUAGGUCGAGCAUAUGUUAAAAGUCAUCAUUAUGCUAAAGCUUUAAAAUAUUACCACGAAGUAAUACAAAACCCCGAUUGCUCUGCAUUAAAAUUAGACUUAGCCGAAUUGUUUUUAAAAUUGAAGCACUAUCAAAACUCAGUUAAUAUAUUAUCGGAGACAGAUGGCCAUAAAAUAAAUGAUGACAGCUUGACAGAGCUCCAACUAAGAACCAAGAGACUUUUAUUACUGGCUCGUGUCCAUGAGAAGUCUGGAAAUGUUUCCGAGUCUUUGAAAGCAUUAGAUCGAGCUCGCGAUAACCAAGUUAUAAUUCAAAAGCGUUGCGCUAUUGAUCAGUCUGAGAGUUUACAUGAGCAACACAAAAUAUUGUCGAAAAUAUGCUUACUUGUGGCGCAGCAAGCAAUUCUUAUAAAAAACAACGAAUUGGCUUUGACCAAUUUUAAGGAGUGCAUUAAGUACACACCAAACGAUAUUGACAUAUUAGUAUCUCUUGCAAAACUUCAAAUGAAACUCAAGGAAAUGAACUUAUGUCAAAAUACUUGCAUGCAGAUCCUGCAAAUUAAUGCUAAUAAUGAAUCUGCAUCAUUACUAAUGGCGGACUUAUCAUUUCGAAAGAUGGAAUUCGAGAAUGCUGCGUAUCAUUUCUCUCAACUAUUGAUAUUGCAACCGUGUAACUGGACAGCAUUAACGCGACUUAUAGAGGUUAUGCGGCGUUUUGGCACUUUGCUGGAAAGUUUGCCGUUCUUACAGCGAGCAGCACAAGCUUCUGAGCAGUACAAAAACUCAUUGGAACUUAACUAUUGUAACGGGUUAUUUGAAUGGUAUAAUGGCAGCCUUAACAGUGCGUUGCGCUAUUUUAAUUUAUCGCGUAGGGAUCCUGUUUGGGGUUUGCAAUCUAAACUAAAUAUGAUCGAUAUAUGCCUUAAUCCUGAUGGCGAAACACCGAAUUCAAAUGAUAUUUUUGAAGCUGGUGACAGCGGAGAGUUUAAUGAAUCUCGGUUAAUUGCUCUGCGCACCGCAGAGCGUUUAAUUAAGGAAAUGGAUCCUAAACCUGGAGAAAAUUUUGAAAAUGCUAUAACUUAUCGUGUUCUUUGGAAUUUUCUUCAAAUAGCUUCCAAGCAAAAAUUCCAAAUUGAAACAGCCUUGAAAGAUCUUACAGAACUUAGUCAGACGGACGGCAAUCCGUUAAUGGUAAUAGUUGUUUAUGGCAUAGCGUUGGCUUUAGUUCAAUUAAAACAAAUUCAACGAGCAAAAAAUCACCUAAAACGCAUAGCUCGCUUAAGUUGGAGCUAUGAAGACGCCGAAUAUUUGGAGCGAAGCUGGUUGCUGUUAGCUGACAUCUAUAUUCAUGCCAAUAAGUUGGAAGUUGCGGAAUCACUCGUGGACCGAGUCCUAGAAUAUAAUAAAUCCUGCACAAAAGCUUACGAAUUGGCGGGAUAUAUUGCAGAAAAAAAUCAAUCAUAUAAUAACGCAAUCAAGUAUUAUGAAAAUGCCUGGAAAAGUUGUGGGCGCUCCAAGCCACAUAUCGGCUAUAAAUUAGCUUUGAGCAAUAUGAAAAAGAAAGAAUAUACAAAUGCAGUUAAUAUAUGUCAGCAAGUUUUAAAAAUUUACCCAGACUAUACAAUAAUUCGCAAAGAUAUUCUUGAAAAAUGUCGAAACAAUGUAAGAUCUUAAAUUAAUAUUUAUUAUUAUUUUUUUUUAACUUUGGAACACGUGACAUCGAUCAAGUUGUCCGAUUAAGCUCACGCAUUAUUAAAAUUGUUCAUCGGUCAAAUCAUUGAGUUGAUAUACAAUAUAAGUAAUUAUUUUUAACGUAUUUAGUAAUAUAGUAUUUAGUAAUAUACAGCUAGUCAGCACCUUGACAUCGUGGGGACAAUGGCCCCAAUAUGGUCGCACCAGCAAAUAACAACUAUCAAUUGUGCUGCGUCAGCAUAAAUUAAGUCACCAGGUCUCUGGGAACAGCGAUCACCACCUUACAAAAGACGAAUUAUCUUAGGACUUAAAUUCAAGCACCCAAAACCCUUAACGACAUCCGUUGCGUCAGCAGAGGUUUUUUAAUUAUAAAUUAAAAUUUCCUAAGUUAGUUCUAAUUAGAUUCGAUAAAAAACAGACGUCUUUUUUUUAUAAAAAAAUUCUUUGUUUUUGGUAGGCAUAAAAACUUUGUAUCUUUACUGUUUGCACUGAUUAUAAAUUAAAUG